AUGGAACCAUUAGAAAGGCCAUCGACUAGCUGGACACACAAGGAAGCAGAAAUUCGAAUUGGUCCCCAACCAGAUCAGAGCAGGGGGUGGAGCCCUGGAGACAGGAGUACAGUACCUGCACCUAUCCCCCCAGCCCUAUCCUUCCUCCUCCUCUUGCCACUGGCCAGUGCCCUACAGCCCACCCCACUGCCUUUUCCAGAACUGAGGUUGGUGGGGGGUCCGAGCCGCUGCCGGGGGCGUCUGGAGGUCCUGCAUGGUGGCUCCUGGGGCAGCGUUUGUGACGAUGACUGGGACGUGGUGGACGCCAAUGUGGUAUGUCGUCAGCUGGGUUGCGGCCUGGCGCUCCCUGUGCCGAGGCCCCUUGCCUUUGGGCAGGGCCGAGGCCCCAUCCUGCUGGACAACGUGGACUGCCGUGGGCAGGAAGCUGCUCUGAGCGAGUGCGGCAGCCGAGGCUGGGGAGUCCACAACUGCUUUCACUACGAGGAUGUGGCUGUCCUGUGUGACGAGUUCUUGCUCACGCAACCCCCAACAAAGAAAGUGUUAACCAGCAGGGCACCCCCUACAACUACCCAGAAUGGAAGAGGCGAGGGCAGUGUGCGCCUGGUGGGGGGCGCAGGCCCCUGCCAGGGCCGAGUGGAGAUCCUGCACGGCGGCCUGUGGGGCACCGUGUGCGACGAUGACUGGGGGCUGCCAGACGCCACCGUGGUCUGCCGCCAGCUGGGCUGCGGGGAGGCCCUGGCCGCCACCACUAACGCCUUCUUCGGCUAUGGCACGGGACACAUCCUGCUGGACAACGUUAACUGUGAAGGCGGCGAGCCCCGCCUGGCAGCCUGCCCGAGCCUGGGCUGGGGCGUGCACAACUGCGGCCACCACGAGGACGCGGGAGCGCUCUGCACAGUUCUAGGGCCCCCGACGCUCACAGCACUGCCACCCUCAGCCACAAGAGAGGACUGGGCCUGGCACACAGAGCCAGAGGCCACAAGAGUUGGUGCCCUGCCUUCCAGGGAGACAGCCUUGUUCACCACAGCCUCCUGGGUCGCGGGGAGGAAAAGUGGGCGGCUGCGGCUGGUGGGCGGCCCGGGACCGUGCCGCGGCCGCGUGGAGGUUAUGUACGCCGGGGGCUGGGGCACCGUGUGCGACGAUGAUUGGGAUUUCGCGGAUGCGCGCGUGGCCUGCCGUGAGGCAGGAUGCGGGCCGGCCCUGGGCGCCACGGGCCUCGGUCACUUCGGCUACGGCCGCGGCCCCGUUCUGCUGGACAACGUGGGCUGCGCCGGCACGGAGGUCCGCCUGAGCGACUGCUUCCACCUGGGCUGGGGGCAGCACAACUGCGGCCACCACGAGGACGCGGGAGCGCUCUGCUCAGGCCCAGAGGAGCUAGGACUGCAAGUCCAGCAGGAUGGUUCUGAGACCACCCGGGUUCCCACUCCUCGGCCCAGGGACGGGCACCUACGUCUGGCCAAUGGAGCCCAUCGAUGCGAGGGGCGUGUGGAGCUCUUCCUAGGACAGCGGUGGGGCACUGUCUGUGAUGAUGCUUGGGACCUGAGGGCAGCCGGUGUCCUGUGCCACCAGCUGGGCUGUGGUCAAGCUCUGGCAGCCCCUGGAGAAGCCCACUUUGGCCCAGGCCGAGGCCCUAUCCUCCUGGACAAUGUCAAGUGUCGUGGGGACGAAAGCACCCUUCUGCUCUGCUCUCAUAUCCGCUGGGAUGCCCACAACUGUGACCACAGCGAGGAUGCCAGUGUUCUGUGCCGGCUGUUGUGACCUGCAGACCACCUCUUCUAGGAACCUACUAUGGCCUGCCCCUCUUCCUCCAGGAAGCCUUCCUGCUGUGACAACUGCAGUUCACUCAGCCCUUCCCUCCCCUUGCCUGGGAGAAAGCCGGCCCAAAUGGUGUGGUCCUGCAUAGCACGGCCUGGCUUUAUCCCAUCAACUGUUGUGGACCCAAUUCAACGAGAGCUCCCACUUUCUGCUCAGCCAAAACAGAAAAUUGGGGAAAGGGAAUGACUUCUAACUCUCUCUCUGGUAGGGCUCCAGGUACAGCACCCCUAAUCCUACCUUCCUGGAACCCAAUCCAGGUGAUUCAGGAGAAAAUGGGGUCUCUCCCUUCCCUGACCCAUCUUGGGAUCCCCAAGAAGAGGGAAGACAGGAGAAGCCUGUAGCCCUUACCUUAGCCUGCCUGGGACUGUAGAAGAACCUGGGUCGUUGCCCUGGCUUGUUCCAUGAGGGCCCAGACUCAGAUGGUGCUUGACUGGAUAAGGGGACUGGAGGGGCCAAAGCAGGGACAGUGGCCCCUCCCUGCAGCUAGAACCAGCAUCUGUGAUUUAUGCUGCCCCCACCACAGAGCCUCCACUUUGCAAUAGCAAAGAACUGUGGGGGUCUGUAACCAUCCAUUCAUAGGUGCCAAGUCAAUAAAGCAUUGUCCCCCCUGUCUUUUAACCGAGGUCAG